AAGCAUGUCAAAUUAAAGAAUCAUUGAAGGGAUAAAUACUUUAUUGAAAUCUUUCAUUAAACUCUACCUUAUAAAGCUUAAUGUAAGUCUUAAGAAACUAAAUAAAGCAACACUAUAGAAAUAUUAUACUUCUAUAUAUUUGUCCCUUUAGGCCUUAGCUUGUAUCCUGCCAAACUCCAAAGUCCAAACCUCAUAAACAAAGUCACAAAACAAUGUCCAAGCUUAGAAUACUCCACUUUCUUCAUUUACUGAUUUUGUUGUUAUUCUCCUUGUUUCUACAUGUUUCAAUUGCUGAAGAAAACAAAGAAAAUCCAUUUACAGCAAGAGCUUCAUUGAUCCGUUAUUGGAACACCCACAUUUCCAACAAUCUUCCCAAACCAAAAUUCCUCCUUUCAAAAGCUUCACCUCUUAACGCUGUUGAAACGGCUGUAUUCGCAAAACUCGCAUCUACAAAUGCUCUUCAUACUCGGCUUUCUUCCUUCUGUUCUGCAGCCAACUUAUUCUGUGACUUCGAGUCCUCACUGCAGGGGCAGGGGCACCAUGGUGGGAGGGAAGAUGCCAACUUUGCUUCCUACAACAACAAACAGUUCUCUGUUUAUGGUGGGUCCCGCGUUGGUGGAGUUGACUCCUUCAAGAACUACUCAGAUAACAUCAACAUGGGUGUCAACGCAUUCACAAGGUACAGCACUAAUUCGGCAGGUCACGGUGAGACUUUCUCAAGCUAUGCUGACAACGGCAAUGUGGCUAACGACAGCUUCACAAGUUAUGGAGCAGGUGGAACUGGUGGGUUAGGUGAGUUUAAAAGCUACCAAUCAAAUGUCAAUGUACCUAAUCUUAAAUUUACUAGUUACAGUGGCAAUGCUAAUAAUCAUAAGCACUCAUUUGUGUCCUAUACUGAAGAUACUAAUUCGGGUACUGCAACAUUUACAUCUUACGGUAAAAAUGGGAAUGGUGUACCCAAUCAGUUUAAUAAUUAUGCAACCUCAUCAAAUAUUGUAGCCUCAACUUUUGCUAGUUAUGGGCAAUUGGGUAAUGCAGCCAAUGACUCGUUUAAAAGUUAUGGGUCUAGCGCUAAUAAUCCUCACAACACUUUUAAGAAUUAUGGUUCAAAGGUAAGUUCAGGGAUUGAGAGAUUCCAGAAUUAUAGAGAUUCAGCUAAUGUUGGGGAUGAUACUUUUCAGAAUUACUUGAGAGUUUCAACUUCAACUAAGGCAACUUUUAUUAAUUAUGGUAACUCUUUUAAUCAAGGCAUUGAUAAGUUUAAGGGAUAUGGUAAAGCUGGUGUUAAUCGUCAAAUUGAUUUCAAAACUUAUGGUGUUAAUAAUUCAUUUAGUGGAUAUGGUGAUAAUAAAAAGGGUAUUAGCUUCGCCGGGUAUAGUCGUCGGAUCAAUUUUAUCAAUACUGAUAAUAAAAAUCAUCAUAUUCAUAAUAAGUGGCGGGUAGAUAGGGAUGGGGAUGAGGGUAAAUUCUUUAGAGAAUCAAUGUUGAAGCCUGGAACAAUAAUGAAGAUGCCUGAUAUUAAGGAUAAAAUGCCUAAAAGAUCAUUUUUACCGCGUGUUAUUUCAUCAAAAUUACCAUUUUCAUCAUAUAAGUUAGCCCAACUAAGAGACUCCUUUAAAGGCAAACAAAACUCCACACUUGAGCUACUGAUUCUAAACGCAUUAGGUGAUUGUGAGAGGCCUCCAAGCCCAAAUGAGACAAAACGAUGCGUUGCUUCUUUGGAAGACAUGAUAGAUUUCACGAUAUCCGUGUUGGGUGACAAUGUGGUUGUUCGGACUACAGAAAAUGUGAAUGGGUCAACUAAACGGGUUGUGAUCGGGUUCGUAAAAGGUAUAAAUGGAGGGGAGGUGACAAAGUCGGUGUCAUGUCACCAGAGUUUGUUGCCUUACUUGCUUUAUUACUGUCACUCGGUGCCAAAGGUAAGAGUAUACGAGGCUGAAAUAUUGGAUAUAGAAAGCAAAGCAAAAAUAAAUAAUGGUGUUGCUAUUUGUCACCUUGACACCUCAGCUUGGAGUGCUGGUCAUGCUGCUUUUUUGGCAUUGGGUUCCGGGCCAGGCCUAAUUGAAGUUUGCCAUUGGAUCUUUGAAAAUGAUAUGACUUGGACCGUGGCUCAUUAAUUUACUUGUUGCAUCAUUAUUAUUGUUCUUUAUGUUCCAAGAAUUUGUACUGUCAUUUCUGAUCUGACCUAGGGCAUUUCAUUUAUGUGAUUACCUAUUUAAGUAAUCAAUUUUACUAUUUGUACUUUCUAGUAGUAUUAUUUAUUAAGCAGCUAGUCUCUUAAGAUCUCUUUAAAAGACAUAUUUCAAUCAAGUUUAACCCAUUAAAGAUUAAUGUCUACUUAUAUUAUUUUUAAUGUCUACUUUAUUAUCUUUAAUGUCUACUUAUAUUAUCCUUAA